GUCUAGUGUGAUACUAGCUACGCUACAUCUAUAUAUUCACGACUUACGAGCUCUUCAAUCUCGCUGCUACAUCAUAUAAAGACUUGUUUUACAAUCGCUUGCAUCUUACGGCUCGCGCAUUGUUUGCCUCGCCAACACCGUGUAGCGGCGCAGAGAGUCUCAUCAAUUAGAGCUUCCAUAAAGCUGCCAUAGGCCCAAAUACAUUCUUCAUUACCAGGCUCCAUGUCUGCAUCCACAUCUCGACCCCAGGAUAGCUCAAUUUUGGGCGAGUCCUGGGUGGUAGCUGCACCUCACGAGGGGAACGAGCAACAAGCCAAACAUCAGCCAUCUGAAUCUGCAGGCCGGACACCUCGACCAGCUAGGAAGCGCGACUACGGAUCCGAAUCGAUGGCUACCUCCACCUCGUCUACCUCAGGGCCAGAGCUAAUCAUGCCGUCGGUAUACGAGGCUCCUAUCUCAGAAGGUUCCUGGGUUGCGCCAACCACAAGGUCCAAGCGCGCUCUCAGACAUAGACCCCAGAAGUCCUCCAAGCGAUCAAAGCAGGAAGAAAAACAGCAAUCUCCUUCGUCCACAAAAGUGGAAAUGGCGCCAGCCUCAACUCAAAGUUCCCCUCAACCAAAAGCAAACCAGCACCGCGCAUGGACGUUCUCAAACAUACCAUUCCAGUCAAUUCUACGCACAAUACUCAACGCUAUUCUCAUUGCAGCCAUCUCUCAUAUGCUCAUCCUCCCCGAAGUUGUCCAACAGUACCAGACCCUCUGCUCUUUAGAGACAAUAGCAACCCUAUACCCAGCUAGUUGCAUCCCGCCUUACCCCCAACCCCGCCACCACCAACCAGCCGCCGGGGAGACCGUCGCAUCCUCACAAUCCCGCCUCGAGUCCCUCUUCAACACCACCCUUCAAGAAGCAGAACCUCUGGCCAGCACAUUGAAGCAAAGCGAGUCCAAGCUGCGCGAUGUCCACCAAGAACUCAGGAAAGCCUACCCAGGUACCAAACAUGAACUCUACCUCGAGUUCACCGGCUGCUUACAAGCCACCCGCACCGCCGCAAGCAAAUUCGACUCGCUCCGAGCCGACAUCCGUUCAGCAGUGGAUAGCCUGAUCGCCAGCGGCGAUGCCCAGGCGCUUUCUCACGACGCGCGUCUCUCCACCCAAAUGGCCCGACGCGAACGGUACCUCGAACAACUCACCUCGCGCAUGCAGUCCAAGGCCGACUCUCUCUCCAAUGACCUUGCCACCCUAGACGACCACCUCGAAUCGAUCGAAAGCAUCGUAGCCCGCGAAUCGAAGCAAUCUCCCACCGCGCCCGGUGCACCGCCCAAUCCGGGAGGCAAGUCAGACCAGCCUCCUCGUUUGCGUACAUUCGUCGACUCCCUCUUGGGCGUUAACCGCCCCCGUCCAAUCAACGCAGAGGAAAGCGCCAUUCCCAGCCACGAGACCUCACUAGUCACGAUUUUCCGAGAUGCGGCCACCAAUCAUCGCCCCGUGAUCCGUGUAGUCCGAAACCUGUCGAAUCAGCUCCAGUCUCUGCGACAAAGGAAGACUAUUGCUAUCUGAGCGUACGGGGUAUACUAUCGAAAUUUGAUGUGAGACAUGCAUAUGGGACGACUGGACUGACCUUGGGACUUGGGAAGAUAAGCAUUCGGCGUUUAGGCGGGCUGUGUUUUACAUGGCACGUGGGUUUAAUGUUACACAAUGUUUACUGUCAGGAACAGGCUACCCCAUACCGAGCCAGACAUGUGACAGCGCUAGGAACUGAUCGAUUGAAUGGGUAUUAUUAAAUUUAUGAGCUAAAUAAAGCCCUGGAUUUUGUCCAGCAAAUGAACGUCCGGGAACAGACAAAAGACCCU